AGAUUUCUUGCCUUCCGACUCUUUCUUCUUAUGUCUGUAUGGCUUCCCCGCCGUGCACCCGCUCUCCUUGCUCGCUCUCAUAGACUUCACCCACAUAUUCUUGCUCCGCAUUCACUUCGACCCGUAAUUCCCCUUCCCACACUUUCCCAGUCGCGCCGUUUUGAGAGUACGAAUCGCGACGUCUCUACUACAGCAUCCGAUCCCAAAGCUGGCCCACCCGCACCAAAAGAACAGCCCAAAGGUCCCCUCGUGACACGCGCUUGGAAAAAAGUGAAGCAUGAACUCCAGCAUUAUUGGCAUGGGUCGAAACUACUGGUUUCGGAGGUCCGCAUUUCCGCUCGCUUGCAAUGGAAAAUCCUCCACGGAGAGUCCUUAACACGUCGAGAACGUCGGCAGUUGAAGCGCACUACACAAGAUCUUCUGCGGCUCGUGCCCUUUGCUGUGUUCGUUGCCGUGCCCUUCAUGGAGUUACUACUCCCUGUUGCGCUGAAACUGUUUCCCAACAUGCUGCCUUCCACAUUUGAGGAUAAAUACGCUGCGGAGGAAAAACAACGAAAGUUGCUUCGUGUCCGGUUAGACAUGGCCAAAUUCUUGCAAGAAACACUCCGGGAGUCUGGGUUGAAAGCUAAUGCUCACAUUGUCGGAACCGAUGCAUUUAAAGAAUUCUUUCGCAAGGUACGAUCUACUGGGGAGUCUCCCUCCGCAACGGAUAUUAUCAAUGUGGCCAAGCUUUUCGACGACGACCUGACACUGGAUAACUUGUCACGACCUCAGCUUGUGUCGAUGUCGCGUUAUAUGGGACUCAAUGCUUUUGGGACGGAUAACUUCCUUCGAGGACAAAUCCGCUCGCGGCUGCUUGACCUUCGACGCGAUGACCAGUCAAUAGACUCGGAGGGUGUUGGCGAAUUAUCGACCUCUGAAUUACAGGCUGCUUGCCAAUCUCGCGGUAUCCGCACGGGCGGGCUUUCUCCUGCGCGUUUACGGGAAGAGCUUAAUACGUGGAUUCAUUUGCAUUUACACAACCGUGUUUCUGGCGUCCUGUUGGUCCUCGGAAGAGCAUUCCACUUCGACAAAAAGCCCACCGACGGAGUUGAUGGGAAGUCAGUCGUCAUACAAAGCUUGGAAAGUGUGUUGAGUGGCUUGCCGGACAAUCUGCUCAAUGAAGCGGAACUUGAGGUCGACUCUGACAAGGCUAGUUACAAGCAGAAACUAGAGGUACUGCAACAACAGGAAGAACUGAUCGAAGACGAAGAGGAGCAAGAGCAAAAGGAAGAAGAUGCUCGUCGUGCAAAGAGGGAAGCAGCAGAACUAGAGGCUUCCACGGCUCAAUCUCUUCUCCCUGACUCUGAGCUAAUUCCUGAAGCAACCGUCGAGGACUCCGCCCGCAUGACCACCGAACAGCUGAAGGAGCUGGCUGAUGCCAUGUCCAUUCUUUCCGCCAAGUCCAGUGUUUUGAAAGAACGAGACGAGUUAAGGGCUCUUAUGGAAGAGAACUUGCAAGCUAAUGAGGAUCCCAAAUCACCUGAUGGUGCUCUGACCAAACGGAUCCGGUCCAUGCUUACGAAAAUCGACAAGCAAUUGGAGGAAUACGAUUCACGGGUUGGCAGCUCACUGCAAUUGAUGUCUGCUGAUGCGCAAGGCCGGAUAUCGGUGAAAGACUUGGAAAAAGCGCUCGCGGUGAUCAGGCACAAACCCGACGAUGAUGUCGGUCAUGCUGUCAUCCAAAAACUCGAUGUGGACAACGAUGGCUUCGUCGAAUUAGAACAUGUUUUGGGACUAGUUAGAGAGGAAGGACUGGGUAUUGUCUUGGACGAUGAUGCUCAGUCACUGCUUGGCCAAGGACGGGAGAUCAAAAACUCUGGUCCUCGCAAGGAGGACAUUGUCAAGGACCAAGAAUCAUGA